AUGUCAUCGGUGGGAAUCGAGUGGAGCGCCCUUUCACUCCCUGUUGAAGGGGAAGUGGUGUUCGCUUCCUUUGUCUCGCUUAUAUGUCCACUGGACGGACGACGUGAAGGUGAUGAUGUGAGUAAGAAAUGUUCUGCAGCCUCCGUUCUGUGUAAUGAAUGUGCUAACGCGAUUGUAUGUGUUCUUAAGGACCGUGAAGUUGCUUUCUUUGACCUGGCGGACGAAUCUGCUGGCCCCCGGGAGGUCCGGCGCAUUGGGGCUACUCCCCCGCUUCUCGUUUCCCGUUUCAUGCGCAACGCCGAUCCGUCAGUUGCAACGUGUGCGACGCUGCUGCCGAAGGACGUUUCAUUCAUGUGCCGUGUACCGCCUGCAGCAGUGGAGAGGGUUUCCUCUUCAGAUCCAUCUGCUGGUCCUCACGAUGGAGGUGCGGGUGCGGCGCAUUCAGUGAGAGGGACGGUGUACCUGUGUGGUGCUGUUGGUACCAGUGAUGGACGCGUGGAUGUGUUCUCUGAGGAGGGCUACGUGUUUGGGUUUGUCGCCAGCGAUGGCCCUGUGGUUGCUGUGAGCGUCAUCUACAGUACGAGCUUUUCCUCUGGCGGGUGUGCGGGUGUCAAGAGCUGGGAACAAAUUCAACCUUCUGGUGUGUCGCUACCUGCGGAGGGUAGUGACGAGGAGCGUACUCUGGAUCGUGCAACGGCAAACCUGGGUUUCGUGACGACUAAUGCAGACGGUGUUGUGUCUGUUUGGCGCCAGGACGGUUGUGGGUUGAAGCCUGCUGUGUUUGGCAGCAGCGCGCUUUUCUCUCGGGUGUUUUGCUCGCGUGUAGUGCAGCCAAGCAGUCGUGACUGGCUGCUGAGUGGUACGGAAGUAACAAGGACACCAUUCAUUGUACACACAUCGCCAGGUCUCACGGCUGACUUGUGUGCACGGAGCGCAGUGACGUUUGAGGAUGUGGAGAGCCGAGUGCGCCUCCCCGGGAAUAUGUUGACACGCACAACCGCGAUUGCGUCGGAUGGGGACUCGGCACUAGUGGCGAGGGGGCGAUCAGUGUUCCACGUUACAUUCUCUGGCUCUUCCUGCGACCUUGUUUGCACGGCCGACUGCAACGUGGACGGCCUGCACUUGCCUGGCAGUGGUCCCCAGAAAGAGGGCGGAGCGGCCCUAGCAGCUGCAUGCGAUGUGAAGGGGACGGUAUAUGUUCUGUGUGGGCAGCCGCUCUCUGUGCUUGGUCGCUACAGUGCUACGGGCGGUGGUCCUAUUCGUUCCUUGUCUAUCUGUGCGGUGUCGCGGCUUGUUACGAUUGUUGGCGGCGAUGGCACGGUGGAUGUUGUACUGGUGCCUACGGAUGCCGAUUCUGUUCCAACCGCGACCGUACACCAAGCCCUCGCAUCGCUUCCUCGUUAG